ACUUCACCCUAAGAACUGUCUGGGCGUGCGACAGUUUGCAGAGACCAUGAUGUGCACAACACUGUACGACGCGGCCAACAGUUUUGUCCACCAGCACUUUGUGGAGGUGUCCGUGUCUGAGGAGUUCCUCAGUCUCAGGCCAGAGGAAAUACUGGAGCUGGUUGGCUGUGACGAGCUCAACAUCAAAGCGGAGGAGCAGGUCUGUGGCUUUUAUUGUCAUUAGGGGUUCAAGCAGUGAAACAUGAUGGAGCAAUACCAAGGGAUUCGGUAUGCACAUUUGGAAAGCUCCGCACCCUGUUUUAGAUAGUCACAUUUUGUUCAAAUCCAUUCAAUUUAAAUCCAUUGGAAAAUAAUUUCUACAACUUCUCAAGAACAUUUGCCAUGAUGGAUUUUCCAUCAUUUAAUUUAGUGAACAACAUUUGAACAUUUUAAAAUCUGUAUAUACUAUCUAUGGACCAAGAGCUUUAAGUUGUAUAAAGUUUGUGUCCCAAACAAUAUGGACGCUAUGAACCAAUUAACACUAGAACCAGCAUUUGAUUUUGUAAUUAAAAGGAAUCUACAAUUAUGAAAGUAUUAUUAUGAAAUACAAAAUAUAUAGUACAGCCAAGAUUAAAUAGAGAAUAGUCUGAUGGGUGAGAAUAUUGUGAAUGAAGAGGGUGAAGAAGUGUUGGGGUGGCAGGGUAGCCUAGACUCUAGGCCAGGGAUCUCCAACAUUUUCUAGCAUGAGAGCUACUUUUAAAAAAUGAAACAUGUUCUGAGCUAAAUAAUAAUAAUUUAGCUUUUAAAUAGGCAAUUCUUCUAUUUUCCUCUCCCCUGCAAUUCUUCCCCAGGUCCUUGCUAUACAAUAAAUGUGUUUUCUGUCAAUAUACCUGGAAAGAAAGGGUAAGUAAUCAACUCUAAUAUAAGCCCUAUGAAAUCUUAUUCAUUCUUUCCCGAAUUCCGUUUUAUAUAGUAUUUUCCCCAAAUCCAUUUUCUGGGUUUUAUUUUUCCAAUUAUUUAUAGGGAAACAAACAAAUUGAAAGUUCUGAGACAAUGCUAAUGCAUAAAUCACAUCAGAAUACAAUUUUUGAGGUCUGGAAUUGCUGGAAUUUAAUAUAUUGUGUUAGGUUUGGUUCUUUACCUAACCAGGGGUGGGAUAAUUUAUUUUUUUAUUUUUUUAUUUCACCUUUAUUUAACCAGGUAAGCCAGUUGAGAACAAGUUCUCAUUUACAUCUGCGACCUGGCCAAGAUAAAGCAAAGCAGUGUGAUAAAAACAACAACACAGAGUUACAUAUGGGGUAAAACAAAACAUAAAGUCAAAAAUACAACAGAAAAUAUAUAAAUACAGUGUGUGCAAAUGUAUCAAGUUAUGGAGGUAUGGUAAUAAAUAGGCCAUAGUGCAAAAUAAUUACAAUUACUAUUAACACUGGAAUGAUAGAUGUGCAAGAGAUGAUGUGCAAAUAGAGAUACUGGGGUGCAAAUGAGCAAAAUAAAUAACAAUAUGGGGAUGAGGUAGUUGGGUGGGCUAAUUUCAGAUGGGCUGUGUACAGGUGCAGUGAUCGGUAAGGUGCUCUGACAACUGAUGCUUAAAGUUAGUGAGGGAGAUAUGUGUCUCGACCUUCAGAGAUUUUUGCAGUUCGUUCCAGUCAUUGGCAGCAGAGAACUGGAAGUAAUGGUGGUCAAAGGAUGUGUUGGCUUUGGGGAUGACCAGUGAGAUAUACCUGCUGGAGCGCAUACUACGGGUGGGUGUUGCUAUGGUGACCAAUGAGCUAAGAUAAGACAGGGAUUUGCCUAGAAGUUAUUUAUAGAUGACCUGAAGCCAGUGGGUUUGGCGACAAAUAUGUAGUGAGGACCAGCCAUCAAGAGCGUGCAGGUCACAGUGUUGGGUAGUAUAUGGGGCUUUGGUGACAAAACGGAUGGCACUGUGAUAGACUACAUCCAAUUUGCUGAGUAGAGUGUUGGAGGCUAUUUUGUAAAUGACAUCGCCGAAGUCCAGGAUCGGUAGGAUAGUCAGUUUUACGAGGGCAUGUUUGGCAGCAUGAGUGAAGGAGGCUUUGUUGCAAAAUACGAAGCCGAUUCUAGAUUUAACUUUGGAUUGGAGAUGCUUAAUGUGAGUCUGGAAGGAGAGUUUACAGUCUAACCAGACACCUAGGUAUUUGUAGUUGUCCACAUACUCUAGGUCAGACCCGUCGAGAGUAGUGAUUCUAGUCUGGUGGGCGGGUGCCAGCAGCGUUCGAUUUGAAGAGCAUGCAUUUAGUUUUACUAGUGUUUAAGAGCAGUUGGAGGCUAUGGACGGAGUGUUGUAUGGCAUUGAAGCUCGUUUAUAAUAAUGUCAGUAUGGCUUUGAUUUGGAUAGUAGCCAGGAGCUUGCAGUGUCUGAUAUUUGUUUAGGACAGGUUCCGGUGAAACACACAAAAAAGUAUGUACUUUCAGAAUUCUUGGGCGAGCUAGUAGUAGCUGGAUUUCGACCUGUUGGAGACCCCUGCUCCAGGCUAUAACAAAUGGCUGAGCCUGCAUGACCUGAUCAAACCCCCCGUCCCAUCCUCCCAGGACGCCUUUUCCUGUGCGCUAAACAACCUUCAUACAUUUUAAUAUCCAGUGCCUUCAGAAAGUAUUUACACUCCUUGACUUAUUCCACAUUUUGAUGUGUUACAGCCUGAAUUUACUGGCCACUGUAAAUUUACUGGCCUACACACAAUAACCCCAUAAUGUCAAAGUGGAAUUAUGUUUACAAAUUAAUAAAAAAAUGAAAAGCUGAAAUGUAUUGAGUCAAUAAGUAUUCAACCCCUUUGUUAUGGCAAGCCUAAAUAAGUUCAGGAAUUUUGUAUUUUGUAUUUAUUAUGGAUCCCCAUUAGCUGCUGCCAAAGCAGCAGCUACUCUUCCUGGGGUCCAGCUAAAUGAAGUUAGUUAUACAAUUUUUCAAACAUUACAAUUCAUUCACAGAUUUCAUAACACACUGUGUGCCCUCAGGCCCCUACUCCACCACUAACACAUAUCUACAAUACAAAAUCCAUGUGUGCGUAUGUUAUUGUGUGUGUAUGCAUGUGUCUGUGCAUAUGUUUGUGUUGCUUCACAGUCCCCGCUGUUCAAUAAGGUGUAUUUUUAUCUGUUUCUUAAAUCUAAUUUAACUGCUUGCAUCAAUAACUUGAUGUGGAAUAGAGUUCCAUGUAGUCAUGGCUCUAUGUAGUACUGUGCGCCUCCCAUAGUCUGUUCUGGACUAUAAAGAGACCUCUUGUGGCAUGUCUUGUGGGGUAUGCAUGGGUGUCCGAGCUUGGUGCUUUCAACAUGUCAAUACCUCAUAAAUACAAGUAGUGAUUAAGUAAAUCUCUCCUCAACUUUGAGCAAGGAGAGAUUGGCAUGCAUAUUAUUAAUAUUAGCUCUCUGUGUACAUCCAAGGGCCAGCCGUGCUGCCCUGUUCUGAGCCAAUUGCCCUUUUUGUGGCACCUGACCACACGACUGAACAGUAGUCCAGGUGUGACAAAACUAGGGCCUGUAGGACCUGCCUUGUUGAUAGUGCUGUUAAGAAGGUAGAGCAGCACUUUAUUAUUGACAGACCUCUCCCCAUCUUAGCUACUGUUGUAUCAAUAUGUUUUGACCAUGACAGUUUACAAUCCAGGGUUACUCCAAGCAGUUUAGUCACCUCAACUUGCUCAAUUUCCACAUUAUUUAUUGAGGUUUAGGGUUUAGUGAAUGAUUUGUCCCAAGUACAAUGCUUUUUGUUUUAGAAAUAUUUAGGACUAACUUAUUCAUUGCCACCCACUCUGAAACUAACUGCAGCUCUUUGUUAAGUGUUGCAGUCAUUUCAGUCAAUGUAGUAUGUGACGUAUCUUUACUCGAAACCAGUGGCAUGUCAUUAGUCAGCUGCCCUGGGGAAAACCUGAUUAUACCUGGAUUAUGUUGAUUAAAGAACACCCUUUGUGUUCUGUUAGACAGGUAACUCUUUAUCCACACUAUAGCAGGGGCUGUAAAGCCAUAACACAUACGUUUUUCCAGCAGCUAUGAUCGAUAAUGUCAAAAGCCGCACUGAAGUCUAACAAAACAGCCCCCACAAUCUUUUUAUACAUUUCUCUCAGCCAAUCAGUCAUUUGUGUAAGUGCUGUGCUUGUUGAAUGUCCUUCCCUAUAAGCAUGCUGAAAGUAUGUUGUCAAUUUGUUUACUGUAAAAUAGCAUUGUAUCUGGUCAAACACAAUUAUUUCCAAAACUUUACUAUUGGUUGGUAACAGGCUGAUUGGUCGGCUAUUUGAGCCAGUAAAGGGGGCUUUAAUAUUCUUAGGUAGCGGAAUGACUUUUGCUUCCCUCCAGGCCUAGGGGCACACACUUUCUAGUAGGCUUAAAUUGAAAAUGUGGCAAUAUCGUCCGGUAUUAUCCUCAGUAGUUUUCCAUCCAAGUUGUCAGACCCUGGUGGCUUGUCAUUGUUGAUAGACCACAAUCAUUUUUUAACAUCUUCCACACUCACUUUUACGGAAUUCAAAAUUACAAUGCUUGUCUUUCAUAAUUUGGUCAGAUAUACUUGGAUGUGUAGCGUAAGCGUUUAUUGCUGGCAUGUCAUGCCUAAAUUUGCUAAUCUUGCCAAUGAAAAAAAUCAUUAAAGUAGUUGGCAAUAUCAGUCGAUUUUGUGAUGAAUGAGCCAUCGGAUUCAAUGAAUGAUGGAGCUGAGUUUGCCUUUUUCCCCAAAACUUCAUUUAAGACGCUCAAAAGCUUUUAGUGUAGUUUCUUCAAUUCCUCAUCAAUCCACAGGGAUUUAACAGUUUUUACAGUCAUUUUCUUAAUGGGUGCAUGCUUAUUAGUAACUGGAAUAAGCAAUUUCAUAAAUGUGUCAAGUGCAGCAUCUGUUUGCUCCUCAGUACACACCACGGACCAACAAAUAUUCUUUACAUCAACAACAUAGGAAUCACUACAAAACGUAUUGUAUGACCUCUUAUACACUAUAUUAGGCCCAGCCUUUGGAACUUUGGUUUUCCUAGAUAUGGCUACUAUAUUGUUAUCACUACAUCUGAUGGAUUUGGAUACUACUUUAAAGUGAAUUUCUGCAGCAUUAGUAAAGAUGUGAUCAAUAUGUUAAUAAUUUAAUCCAUGUGCUGUUUGUAACUACCCUGGUAGGUUGACUGAUAACCUGAACCAGGUUACAGGAACUGGUUACAGUUUGAAGCUUUUUCUUGAGUUGGCAGCUUGAUGAAAGCCAGUCAAUAUUUAAAUCACCCAGAAAAUGUACCUCUCUGUUGAUAUCACAUAGAUUAUCAAGCAUUUCACAUGUUAUCCAUAUACUGACUGGUAGCACUUGGUGGUCUAUAGCAGCUUCCCACAAUAAUGGGCUUUAGGUGAGGCAGAUGAACCUGUAGCCAUAUUACUUCAACAGUAUUUUCCAUGAGAUCCUCUCAAAGCUUUACAGGAAUGUGGUUCUGAAUAUAAACAGCAACACCUCCACCAUUAGCAUUUCUGUAAAUGGUUUCACCUUGUAUUGCUACCACUGUAUCAUCAAAGGUAUUAUCUAAGUGAGUUUCAGAGAUAGUCAGAAUAUUAAUGUCGUCUGUUACUAGCAAAUUAUUGAUUUCAUGAACCUUGUUUCUUAAGCUCCGUCAGAAUAAUAGUAGAGAGAAUGAUUUAUUUCAGCUUUUAUUUCUUUCAUCACAUUCCCAGUAGGUCAGAAGUUUACAUACACUCAAUUAGUAUUUGGUAGCAUUGCCUUUACAUUGGUUAACUUGGGUCAAACGUUUCGGGUAGCCUUCCACAAGCUUCCCACAAUAAGUUGGGUGAAUUUUGGCCCAUUCCUCCUGACAGAGCUGGUGUAACUGAGUCAGGUUUGUAGGCCUCCUUGCUCACACACGCCUUUUCAGUUCUGCCCACACAUUUUCUAUAGGAUUGAGGUCAGGGCUUUGUGAUGGCCACUCCAAUACCUUGACUUUGUUGUCCUUAAGCCAUUUUGCCACAACUUUGGAAGUAUGCUUGGGGUCAUUGUCCUAUUGGAAGACCCAUUUGCGACCAAGCUUUAACUUCCUGACUGAUGUCUUGAGAUGUUGCUUCAAUAUAUCCACAUAAUUUUCCUUCCUCAUGAUGCCAUCUAUUUUGUGAAGUGCACCAGUCCCUCCUGCAGCAAAGCACCCCCACAGCAUGAUGCUGCCACCCCGUGCUUCACGGUUGGGAUGGUGUUCUUCGGCUUGCAAGCAACCCCCUUUUCCCUCCAAACACAACGAUGGUCAUUAUGGCCAAACAGUUCUAUUUUUGUUUCAUCAGACUAGAGGACAUUUCUCCAAAAAGUACGAUCUUUGUCCCCAUGUGCAGUUACAAACCGUAGUCUGGCUUUUUUAUGCCGGUUUUGGAGCAGUGGCUUCUUCCUUGCUGGGCGGCCUUUCAGGUUAUGUCGAUAUAGGACUUGUUUUACUGUGGAUAUAGAUACUUUUGUACCUGUUUCCUUCAGCAUCUUCUCAAGGUCCUUUGCUGUUGUUCUGGGAUUGAUUUGCACUUUUCGCACCAAAGUAUGUUAAUCUCUAGGAGACAGAAUGCGGCUCCUUCCUGAGCGGUAUGACGGCUGCUUGGUCCCAUGGUGUUUAUACUUGCGUACUAUUGUUUGUACAGAUGAACGUGGUACCUUCAGGGUUUUGGAAAUUGCUACCAAGGAUGAACCAGACUUGUGGAGGUCUACAAUUGUUUUUCUGAGGUCUUGGCUGAUUUCUUUUGAUUAUCCCAUGAUGUCAAGCAAAGAGGCACUGAGUUUGAUGGUAGGCCUUGAAAUACAUCCACAGGUACACUGCCAAUUGACUCAAAUGAUGUCAAUUAGCCUAUCAGAAGCUUCUAAAGCCAUGAUGUCAUUUUCUGGAGUUUAAAGGCACAGUCAACUUAGUGUUUGUAAACUUCUGACCCACUGGAAUUGUGAUCCAGUGAAUUAUAAGUUAAAUAAUCUGUCUGUAAACAAUUGUUGGAAAAAUUACUUGUGUCAUGCACAAAGUAGAUGUCCUAACCGACUUGCCAAAACUAUAAUUUGUUAACAAGAAAUUUGUGGAGUGGUUGAAAAACAAGUUUUAAUGACUCCAACCUAAGUGUAUGUAAACUUCUGACUUCAACUGUAAAUACUUCAAUCAAGGUGGUAGAUAAAAAAAUGAAAAAACACUUGUAAAUUAACAAUCACAUUCCUCUGUAAAGAGGUCCUCCACCAACUAUCUGAACUGCCCGAAAGGCACCAAUGCGUCCAACUGUAGGGUAUUCUGAAGAUUGUUCCGUAAGUGAGGUGCGAAGAAACAAAAAAACCAUUCCUGUGAGCAGGUAUUGUAUUUCUUACUUCUAUAGGUUAGUAAUGAUGUAAAGUAAUGCAGCAGUUUUUGCGCAACAGCUUUAUAAAUGAUCAGAAUGCAAUGUUUCGACCCACGCGAUGCCAAUUAGGGCCAGCCCACUUUCUGAUAGAGAAUGCAGUCAUGAGUGCAAAAUCGCUCGCCUGUGAUAAAACAGUGCGUGCUGUGGUAAACGGCAUCUAACAUGACCGGAUUUGAAUCCCUAAGCUUUUUCCUAAUCCCUCUGACAUUCUUUGUCCCCUCAUUCUAGGUGUUUGAAGCAGUUCUUGCGUGGGUGCGGCAUGAACGUGAGGAGCGGGAACCUCGGCUCCCCGAAUUGCUCUCCAAGACCCGUCUGCCCCUUUGUCGACCCCAGUUCUUGGCAGACCGCGUUCAACAGGACGAGCUGGUGCGCUUUUGCCACAAAUGCAGGUGACUAACGCUAUUUGUUGCAUCUAUUUUCAUUUUCUUUAAUGUUUUAAUGUAUUUUUGCUUUUAACAGAGCCUUCAUAAAGUAUUCACACCCCUUGACUUUUUUCCACGUUUUGUUGUGCUACAGCCUGAAUUGAAAAUAUAUUACAAUAAAAAAAUUGUCACUGGCCUACAGACAAAUACCUUAUAAUGUCAAAGUGGAAUUGUUUUUCGAAAUUUUUACAAAUUAAUUAAAAAUGAAAAACUGAAAUGUCUUGAGUCAAUAAGUAUUCAACCCCUUUGUUAUGGCAAGCCUGAAUAAGUUCAGGAGUAAACAUUUGCUUAAGAUGUCACUUACUCUGUGUGCAAUAAUAGUGUUUAAUAUGAUUUUUGAAUGACUACCUCAUCUCUGUACCCCACACAAACAAUUAUCUGUAAGGUCCCUCAGUCGAGCAGUGAAUUUUAAACACAGAUUCAACCACAAAGACCAGGGAGGUUUUCCAAAGCCUCGCAAAGAAGGGCACCUAUUGGUAGAUGGGUUAAAAAAAAAAAAGCAGACAUUGAAUAUCCCUUUGAGCAUGGUGAAGUUAUUAAUUACACUUUGGAUGGUGUAUCAAUACAUCCAGUCACUACAAAGAUACAGGCGUCCUUCCUAACUCAGUUGGCGGAGAGGAGGGAAACCGCUCAGGGAUUUCAAAAGGCCAAUGGUGACUUUUAAACAGUUACAGAGUUUAAUGGCUGUGAUUGGAGAACACUGAGGAAGGAUCAACAACAUUGUAGUUACUACACAAUACUAACCUAAUUGACAGAGUGAAAAGAAGGAAGCCUGUACAGAAUACAAAUAUUCCACAACAUGCAUCCUGUUUGCAAAAAGACAGUGAAUGUUCCUGAGUGUCCAAGGUACAGUUUUGACUUAAAUAUGCUUGAAAAUCUAUGGCAAGACUUGAAAAGGGUUGUCUAGCAAUGACCAACAAGCAAUUUGACAGAUCUUGAAGAUUUAAAAAAAUCCAGCUGUGCAAAGCACUUACAGACUUACCCAGAAAGACUCAUAGCUAUGAUCACUGCCAAAUGUAAUUCUAACAUGUAUUGACUCAGGGUUUCGAAUACUUAUUUAAAUUAGACAUUUCUGUAUUUCAUUUUCAAUAAAUGUGCAUCAAUUUCUAAAAACAUGUUUUCACUUUAAAUCAAUUUAAUAUAUUUUUAAUUCAGGCUGUAACAAAACAGAAUGUGGAAUAAGUCGAGGGGUAUGUAUACUUUCUGAAGGUACUGUACUUGCAGAACCAUUUUUAUUUUUGUAAAUGUAUCUUUAAUAAAGACAUGGCAUGGACAAAAUGAAUGGCACCCCGGAGCUAGUACUUGUUUGCACAGCCUUUGGCCAAGAUAACUGCCGACAAAUCCUUCAAUGAACUUGCUGCACCUUCUUACUGGCAAUUUUGCCCACUCUUUAGCAGCACACUGCUCUAAUUCUUCAAUGUUUGAAGGGUGCCCUCCACCAACGGCUGUUUCCAGCUCUUGCCAUAGUUAUGGAUGUGAUUCAGAUCUAGACGCUUCGCUGGCCCCUCCAGAAAAGUCCAGCAUUUCUUCUUGAACCAUUCUAGGUUGCUUUUUAUGUUUGGGGUUGUUAUCCUGCUGGAAGACUCCCAACCUUCAACAGAGACACAGUUUUUGGACACUGGGUUGAACAUUGCACUUCAAAACACCUUGAUAAUCUGCUGAUUUCAUGAUGUCUUGCACACCUUCAAGGCCCCCAGUAGCAGAGGCAGCAAAGCAACCCCACAGCAUUAUCGAACCUCCCCAUGUUUGAUUGUAGGGUGGGUGGUUUUUUAUUUGAAUGUUUCAUUUCGUCGUUGGUAAGCAGGAAGACCGCAUAGAUGGCAGCCUUGGAUAACAUUUGUACAUUUAGUCAUUAUUCACAUAAAAAAUAAAAAUAUUAAACAAGUGUUAGAUUUAGGAAGCUGAUUACGAAAAGAUUACAUUAAUCUAGAAAUGUUGGACUCGUAGAAUGGUAGAUUUGAGGAUAAAUCAGUCCGAUUCAUUUAAUGCUUUGAUUUGAAUUCGCUAAACAAUGACAACUUGCAUUCAGUAUUCAAGAGGAUUCCUAAACAGUCUCCAGCAGAUCAAGACUACCCUGAGUAAGCAGCUUGAAAAUAGACUGAUUCAACAAGGAAUACAUAGAAAAUUCCAUAGACGGAGAGGGUGCCGGAAAGGUAGAAAACGCAUUCACUGGAUAGACUAUUACCCACGACGCAAGAAGGAAACAGAUGAAACAAACUAAUACUGUUUCCCGUAGGAUUUUUUCAGCAGCGGUGGCAAAGUUAGGGUGCGGGGUUAGUGGGCAUGGCCAAUGGCGUGGUUUAAAAAUAUGUAGCUCCAUUAACUUUUCUACAUACUUUAUAUCUGGUUUUUACAUUUUAUAUUGUUUUACAUUGACAUUUUAGUCAUUUAGCAGAUGCUCUUAUCCAGAACGACUUACAGAUAGUGAGUACAUACAUUAUUAUUAUUGUUUUUAUUAAAUGUUUUUCAUUUCAUACUGACCCCCCCGUGGGAAUCGAACCCACAACCCAGGCGUUGCAAAUGCCAUGCUCUACCAACUGAGCUACAUCCCUGCCGGCCAUUCCCUCCCAUACCCUGGACGACGCUGGGCCAAUUGUGCGCUGCCCCAUGGGUCUCCCGGUCACGGCCGGCUACGACAGAGCUUGGAUUUGAACCAGGAUCUCUAGUGGCACAGCUAGCACUGCGAUGCAGUGCCUUAGACCACCGCGCCACUUGGGAGGCCGAUAUAUAUAUAUAUAUAUAUAUAUAUAUAUAUAUAUAUAUAUAUAUAUACACACACAUACAUAUACACAUACAUAUACAGUGGGGAGAACAAGUAUUUGAUACACUGCCGAUUUUGCAGGUUUUCCUACUUACAAAGCAUGUAGAGGUCUGUAAUUUUUAUCAUAGGUACACUUCAACUGUGAGAGACGGAAUCUAAAACAAAAAUCCAGAAAAUCACAUUGUAUGAUUUUUAAGUAAUUAAUUAGCAUUUUAUUGCAUGACAUAAGUAUUUGAUACAUCAGAAAAGCAGAACUUAAUAUUUGGUACAGAAACCUUUGUUUGCAAUUACAGAGAUCAUACGUUUCCUGUAGGUUUUGACCAGAUUUGCACACACUGCAGCAGGGAUUUUGGCCCACUCCUCCAUACAGACUGUCUCCAGAUCCUUCAGGUUUCGGGGCUGUCGCUGGGCAAUACGGACUUUCAGCUCCCUCCAAAGAUGUUCUAUUGGGUUCAGGUCUGGAGACUGGCUAGGCCACUCCAGGACCUGGAGAUGCUUCUUACGGAGCCACACCUUAGUUGCCCUGGCUGUGUGUUUCGGGUCGUUGUCAUGCUGGAAGACCCAGCCACGACCCAUCUUCAAUUACUGAGCGAAGGAUGUUGUUUGCCAAGAUCUCGCGAUACAUGGCCCCAUCCAUCCAUCCUCCCCUCAAUACGGUGCAGUCGUCCUGUCCCCUUUGCAGAAAAGCAUCCCCAAAGAAUGAUGUUUCCACCUCCAUGCUUCAUGGUUGGGAUGGUGUUCUUGGGGUUGUACUCAUCCUCCUUCUUCCUCCAAACACGGCGAGUGGAGUUUAGACCAAAAAGCUCUAUUUUUGUCUCAUCAGACCACAUGACCUUCUCCCAUUCCUCCUCUGGAUAAUCCAGAUGGUCAUUGGCAAACUUCAGACAGGCCUGGACAUGCGCUGGCUUGAGCAGGGGGACCUUGCGUGCACUGCAGGAUUUUAAUCCAUGACGGCGUAGUGUGUUACUAAUGGUUUUCUUUGAGACUGUGGUCCCAGCUCUCUUCAGGUCAUUGACCAGGUCCUGCCGUGUAGUUCUGGGCUGAUCCCUCACCUUCCUCAUGAUCAUUGAUGCCCCACGAGGUGAGAUCUUGCAUGGAGCCCCAGACCGAGAGUGAUUGACCGUCAUCUUGAACUUCAUCCAUUUUCUAAUAAUUGCGCCAACAGUUGUUGCCUUCUCACCAAGCUGCUUGCCUAUUGUCCUGUAGCCCAUCCCAGCCUUUUGCAGGUCUACAAUUUUAUCCCUGAUGUCCUUACACAGCUCUCUGGUCUUGGCCAUUGUGGAGAGGUUGGAGUCUGUUUGAUUGAGUGUGUGGACAGGUGUAUUUUAUACAGGUAACGAGUUCAAACAGGUGCAGUUAAUACAGGUAAUGAGUGGAGAACUGGAGGGCUUCUUAAAGAAAAACUAACAGGUCUGUGAGAGCCGGAAUUCUUACUGGUUGGUAGGUGAUCAAAUACUUAUGUCAUGCAAUAAAAUGCAAAUUAAUUACUUAAAAAUCAUACAAUGUGAUUUUCUGGAUUUUUGUUUUAGAUUCCGUCUCUCACAGUUGAAGUGUACCUAUGAUAAAAAUUACAGACCUCUACAUGCUUUGUAAGUAGGAAAACCUGCAAAAUCGGCAGUGUAUCAAAUACGUGUUCUCCCCACUGUAUAUGUGUGUGUGUAUAUAUAUAUAUAUAUAUAUAUAUAUAUAUAUAUAUAUAUAUAUAUAUAUAUAUAUAUACAUACACACACACACACACACACACACACACACACACACACACACACACACACACACACACACACACACACACUGCUCAAAAAAAUUAAGGGAACACUUAAACAACACAAUGUACCUCCAAGUCAAUCACACUUCUGUGAAAUCAAACUGUCCACUUAGGAAGCAACACUGAUUGACAAUAAAUUUCACAUGCUGUUGUGCAAAUGGAAUAGACAACAGGUGGAAAUUAUAGGCAGUUAGCAAGACACCCCCAAUAAAGGACUGGUUUUGCAGUUGUUGACCACAGACCACUUCUCAGUUCCUAUGCUUCCUGGCUGAUGUUUUGGUCACUUUUGAAUGCUGGCGGCGCUUUCACUCUAGUGGUAGCAUGAGACGGAGUCUACAACCCACACAAGUGGCUCAGGUAGUGCAGCUCAUCCAGGAUGGCACAUCAAUGCGAGCUGUGGCAAGACGGUUUGCUGUGUCUGUCAGCGUAGUGUCCAGAGCAUGGAGGCGCUACCAGGAGACAGGCCAGUACAUCAGGAGACAUGGAGGAGGCCGUAGGAGGGCAACAACCCAGCAGCAGGACUGCUACCUCCGCCUUUGUGCAAGGAGGAGUAGGAGGAGCACUGCCAGAGCCCUGCAAAAUGACCUCCAGCAGGCCACAAAUGUGCAUGUGUAUGCUCAAACGGUCAGAAACAGACUCCAUGAGGGUGGUAUGAGGGCCCGACGUCCACAGGUGGGGAUUGUGCUUACAGCCCAACACCGUGCAGGACGUUUGGCAUUUGCCAGAGAACACCAAAAUUGGCAAAUUCGCCACUGGCGCCCUGUACUCUUCACAGAUGAAAGCAGGUUCACACUGAGCACAUGUGACAGACGUGACAGAGUCUGGAGACACCAUGGAGAACGUUCUGCUGCCUGCAACAUCCUCCAGCAUGACCGGUUUGGCGGUGGGUCAGUCAUGGUGUGGGGUGGCAUUUCUUUGGGGGGCCGCACAGCCCUCCAUGUGCUCGCCAGAGGUAGCCUGACUGCCAUUAGGUACCGAGAUGAGAUCCUCAGACCCCUUGUGAGACCAUAUGCUGGUGCGGUUGGCCCUGGGUUCCUCCUAAUGCAAGACAAUGCUAGACCUCAUGUGGCUGGAGUGUGUCAGCAGUUCCUGCAAGAGGAAGGCAUUGAUGCUAUGGACCGCCCGUUCCCCAGACCUGAAUCCAAUUGAGCACAUCUGGGACAUCAUGUCUCGCACCAUCCACAGACUGUCCAGGAGUUGGCGGAUGCUUUAGUCCAGGUCUGGGAGGAGAUCCCUCAGGAGACCAUCCGCCACCUCAUCAGGAGCAUGCCCAGGCGUUGUAGGGAGGUCAUACAGGCAUGUGGAGGCCACACACACUACUGAGCCUCAUUUUGACUUGUUUUAAGGACAUUACAUCAAAGUCGGAUCAGCCUGUAGUGUGGUUUUCCACUUUAAUUUUGAGGAUGACUCCAAAUCCAGACCUCCAUGGGUUGAUACAUUUGAUUUCCAUUGAUAAUUUUUGUGUGAUAUUGUUGUCAGCACAUUCAACUAUGUAAAGAAAAAAGUAUUUAAUAAGAUUAUUUCAUUCAUUCAGAUCUAGGAUGUGUUAUUUUAGUGUUCCCUUUAUUUUUUUUGAGCAGUAUAUAUAUAUAUGGCACACUCUGAGGAACAAAACCCAGAGAGAGAUCAAGGUAGCAAGAUAAACAUUGUACCACAACAAAAUUCAGAAAAGCAAGAGGGAGAACCCAGCCACGUGAUACCAUCAAAUUAAAUCUCUGACCAGCAGUAAAAAGACAAUCUCCAUCAAAGUUGAGAGGCUCGACCCAGACAACCAUACUUCCAUUGCCAAUACUAUAAAUGACACGUUUUUUUCAUCUGUCACCACAUCAUUACCACAGCUAAACCUAUCUGCAUUCUUGCCAGCUAUUCCACUGUUGAACCUUGGGAAAUGCAUAGGAGACUACGCUCCGUUCCAACUAGAAUAAAAACAAUUUAACCAGGUGAAACCAUUGAGAACAUGGUCUCAUUUACAAGGGUGUUCUGGGAACAAUAUAUCAACAUGAUCAGUCUCAACACAACACUAUAAAUGUACAAUUACACAUUGCAACAAAUCAAAUUCAAAAGUGACAGAUACAAUAACACAUCAAUCAAAACAAGUGCAGUUCUCCUUCACAACAUUCCUCAUCAAAGUCCCGAACUGACCCUUCCAGGCCAGAGAGUCAAGCCUCAAAGUGGCCUGCAGGUCAUUCCAUGCUCCAUGGGCACAAUAACUAAAAACAAUCUUCCCAGACUCUGUGGAGACUUGCGGAACCUCUAGAACCAGCUGGUCAUGAGAGUGAGUAUGAGAGUGGCUUGAUUUCCAAUUAAUAAGUAAGGUGAGGUAGUAUGGGAGUUUCUGGAGAACUGCUUUAUGUACAAAUAGCAGCCAAUAUUGGGCCCUUCUGGUAGUCAGAGACUCUCAGCCAACCAAACUAUAUAAAAGGCAAUGAUGUGUACGAAAAUUGUCUCCAUUGAUAAAAUGCAGGGCUGAGUGAUAGACUGAAUCUAAAGGUUUUAAAACAGAGACUGCUGCCUGCAUGUAGAUUAUAUCACCAUAGUCAAGUACUGGGAAGAACGAUGCUUGAACAAGGCAGGAUUUAUUUCUAUAAAGGAAACAGAUCUUAAUUCUCAGCUUCUUUGUUAGUUUUUCAAUGCAUGUUUUAAAAGACAGAUUAUUGUCAAUCCAAAUACCUAAAUACUUAUGAGGGACUUGCUCAAUUUGGGCUCUCUUCAAGGUGCAGAUACACAGAUCUUUAGGGUCAAUUUUACGAGACAUGGAGAACAACAAACUUGGUUUGAUUAACAUUUAGCACUACUUUAAGAUCGGUGAGCAAUUCUCGAAUUGAAUCAAAGCCAAGCUGAAGGUCGUUAAUGGCCUGCUGCCCUGAGGGGUCACGGUAAUAAUGUGUCAUCCACAUAGAGAUGUAGGCCCCAGUUAUUAUUAUUAUUAUUCAGGGAUUAACCAACAACAAACCAAACCUCCUUUGGUUCACUCAUCCCCAUUGCGCCGGCUGGCGCAUAGGGCAGCAACAAAGGCAGUAAAUUUCUGCCUGUCUCUGGCCAUCUUCUCCACCGUGCCCCAGCUCUGCUGUUGUUGGAGCUCAGUCUCGAUUGUUCUCCGCCACGUUGUGUUGGGCCUCCCCCUCUUACGUCUGCCCUCUGGAAUUCUAAGGACAGCUAUUGUUGGGAUGGAGUCUGUACUCUUUCUCAGGACUUGUCCUAUCCAGCUGCGUCUCUUGAGUAUGGCACCAUGGCUUCCUGCUUCGUUUGUCUGAGGUUGGUGUUUGAUAUUGUGUUUAGCCAGAAGAUGUGCAUGAUUCUCCAGAGACAAGUUGUGUGGAAAGUAGAUACUUUAUCCAGGUCUGCUUCUGUCAUUUUCCAGCAUUCCGCACCAUAAAGGAGUGUUUCCAGUACACAGCUCUGGUAUAUUUACAGUUUUUUGUUAGUGCUAUAUUGUCCGGAUUUCCAGACUUUAUUGAACUUCGUAAAGGUUGCUCUUGCUUUAUUGAUUUUGGUUCAGAUGUUUCUGCUGGUGCCUCCAUCAUGGAAUAUGAUGCUCCCAAGGUAAGUAAAACUUCUGGUUAACCAGGUCUUGUUCCUUAAUUCUGACUGCUUUUGCUGUGUUGAUGUUGAUGGGCAUGACCUUUGUCUUGCUGCAGUUGAUAACCAGGCCGACUUGCUGGCCAAAAUAAUAGGAGUCCAUCAGUUUUGUCUUGUAGAUUUUGGUGUGUGUGUGAUAAAGAGCCAGGUCAUUGGCGAAGUCGCUCUUGCCUGAUCUUCUGUAUAUUUGGCCGCAACUGUAUAUCUGUAUCUAAAAUGGUUAUUGAGAAAUAGUUAAUUUAGGUUUGGAUAAAUGUAUAUCUCUGCUACUUUUGGAGGCCAAGUAGCUCUCAUGUAAUAUUACUGUCAUACAUUGCCAACCUUUUGAGUUGUGUGUUCCUUCCAACAGGGAUCUUGUUGAUGAAGCGAAGGAUUUCCACCUCAUGCCAGAGCGCCGUCCUCACCUGCCUGCUUUUAAGACUCGACAAAGAUGCUGUACUUCAAUCGCAGGGCUAAUAUAUGCAGUCGGUGGACUAAAUAGUGCAGGUACACUUUUAACAUCACCUGUAGUUGUCCCAAUGGUUUAAAAAUGUUGGUACACUUCGACAACCUUUUCCACCUCAUAUCCAUUAUCUCCAGCACAAUAUCGGUGUCAACAUAUGCGAAAAUGGUCGUCUUUCCAUUCAGUAGUUGAAAAGAUAAAAGAUAAAAUAGCUGUCCUCCAGCUACACCAUGGUGCUACACUAGAGGGUGCUGUUGAGGCUACUGUAGACCAUUGCAAAACAGUGUGUUUUAAUCAGGUAUUUGGUGACUUGAAUAUAUUUAGUAUAGUUUUAUCUAAAAAGAAUAACUUUUUAAAUGUUUCAUUAUUUGACAUUUUCCUGAAAUUCACUGAAGAGCCUCCAAUGGUUCAUGUGUUAUGCUCAACGAGCUGUUUUCCACCAGAAAAUUGCCAAAAAGAGUAGAGCCAGCUCAACUGCUUUUACACUAUGAUUUGACUAUUAUAUGUUUUUUUUGUUUUAUUUUUUUUAAGUCAUUUAGCAGACGCUCUUAUCCAGAGCGACUUACAGUUAGUGAGUGCAUACAUCAUUUUUAGUUAUUUUUUUCAUACUGGCCCCCUGUGGGAAUCAAACCCACAACCCUGGCGUUGCAAACAUCAUGCUCUACCAACUAAGCUACAUCCCUGCCGGCCAUUCCCUCCCCUACCCUAGGCGACGCUGGGCCAAUUGUGCGCCGCCCCAUGAGUCUCCCGGUCACGGCCAGCUACGACAGAGCCUGGAUUCGAACCAGGAUCUCUAGUGGCACAGCUAGCACUGCGCCACUCGGGUUCCAGGUUCAAUGUUUCUUUUGAAAAAAAUAAUUUAAAAAGGAAUAGUUUCACCAUAAUUAAAAUAGAGUUCAGUUCACGUAACAGGGUUGACCUUAAAAUGAGGGACAGACGUAAAUUAAUCACUAAUCACAUGCAGGGUUGCAAAACUACCGGUAAUUUAUCAAUGUUACCGGAAAUCUUCUGUAAUUUGGGUAAACAGGUAAUCUAUGGUAAUUUGGGUAAUUUAUACUUGAAUAACUUAAUAUUUUUUAUUCAUAUACAGUGGGGAGAAUAAGUAUUUGAUACACUGCCAAUUGUGCAGGUUUUCCUACUUACAAAGCAUCUAGAGGUCUGUAAUUUUUAUCAUACACUUCAACUGUGAGAGACGGAAUCUAAAACAAAAAUCCAGAAAAUCACAUUGUAUGAUUUUUAAGUAAUUAAUUUGCAUUUUAUUGCAUGACAUAAGUAUUUGAUCACCUACCAACCAGUAAGAAUUCCGGCUCUCAAAGACCUGUUAGUUUUUCUUUAAGAAACCCUCCUGUUCUCCACUUAUUACCUGUAUUAACUGCACCUGUUUGAACUCGUUACCUGUAUAAAAGACACCUGUCCACACACUCAAUCAAACAGACUCCAUCUUCUCCACAAUGGCCAAGACCAGAGAGAUGUGUAAGGACAUCAGGGAUAAAAUUGUAGACCUGCACAAGGCUGGGAUGGGCUACAGGACAAUAGACAAGCAGCUUGGUGAGAAGGCAACAACUGUUGGCGCAAUUAUUAGAAAAUGGAAGAAGUUCAAGAUGACGGUCAAUCUCCCUCGGUCUGGGGCUCCAUGCAAGAUCUCACCUCGUGGGGCAUCAAUGAUCAUGAGGAAGGUGAGGGAUCAGCCCAGAACUACACGGCAGGACCUGGUCAAUGACCUGAAGAGAGCUGGGACCACAGUCUCAAAGAAAACCAUUAGUAACACACUACGCCGUCAUGGAUUAAAAUCCUGUAGCACACGCAAUGUCCCCUUGCUCAAGCCAGCGCAUGUCCAGGCCCAUCUGAAGUUUGCCAAUGACCAUCUGGAUGAUCCAGAGGAGGAAUGGGAGAAGGUCAUGUGGUCUGAUGAGACAAAAAUAUAGCUUUUUGGUCUAAACUCCACUCGCCAUGUUUGGAGGAAGAAGGAUGAGUACAACCCCAAGAAAACAUUACAUUACAUUUUAGUCACCAUCCCAACCGUGAAGCAUGGAGGUGGAAACAUCAUUCUUUGGGGAUGCUUUUCUGCAAAAGGGACAGGACGACUGCACCGUAUUGAGGGUAGGAUGGAUGGGGCCAUAUAUCGAGAGAUCUUGGCCAACAACCUACUUCCCUCAGUAAGAGCAUUGAAGAUGGGUCGUGGCUGGGUCUUCCAGCAUGACAAUGACCCGAAACACACAGCCAGGGCAACUAAGGAGUGGCUCCGUAAGAAGCAUCUCAAGGUCCUGGAGUGGCCUAGCCAGUCUCCAGACCUGAACCCAAUAGAAAUCUUUGGAGGGAGCUGAAAGUCUGUAUUGCCCAGCGACAGCCCCGAAACCUGAAGGAUCUGGAGAAGGUCUGUAUGGAGGAGUGGGCCAAAAUCCCUGCUGCAGUGUGUGCAAACCUGGUCAAGACCUACAGGAAACGUACUAUCUCUGUAAUUGCAAACACAGGUUUCUGUACCAAAUAUUAAGUUCUGCUUUUCUGAUGUAUAAAAUGCAAAUUAAUUACUUAAAAAUAAUACAAUGUGAUUUUCCGGAUUUUUGUUUUAGAUUCCGUCUCUCACAGUUGAAGUGUACCUAUGAUAAAAAUUACAGACCUCUACAUGCUUUGUAAGUAGGAAAACCUGCAAAAUCGGCAGUGUAUCAAAUACUUGUUCUCCCCACUGUGUGUAUGUGUAUAUAUAUAUAUAUAUAUAUAUAUAUAUAUAUAUAUAUAUAUAUAUAUAUAUAUAUAUAUACACUGCUCAAAAAAAUUAAGAGAACACUUAAACAACACAAUGUAACUCCAAGUCAAUCACACUUCUGUGAAAUCAAACUGUCCACUUAGGAAGCAACACUGAUUGACCUAUAAAAUCCACAUGCUGUUGUGCAAAUGGAAUAGACAACAGGUGGAAAUUAUAGGCAGUUAGCAAGACACCCCCAAUAAAGGACUGGUUUUGCAGUUGUUGACCACAGACCACUUCUCAGUUCCUAUGCUUCCUGGCUGAUGUUUUGGUCACUUUUGAAUGCUGGCGGCGCUUUCACUCUAGUGGUAGCAUGAGACGGAGUCUACAACCCACACAAGUGGCUCAGGUAGUGUGAUUUUUUUAAAUAUACAGUACCAGUCAAAAGUUUGGACACACCUACUCAAGGGUUUUUCUUUAUUUAUUUUCUACAUUGUAGAAUAAUAGUGAAGACAUCAAAACUAUGAAAUAUCACAUAUGGAAUCAUGUAGUAACCAAAAAAGUGUUAAACAAAUCAAAAAAUAUAUUUUAUAUUUGAGAUUCUUCAAAUAGCCACCCUGUGCCUUGAUGACAGCUUUGCACACUCUUGCCAUUCUCUCAACCAGCUUCACCUGGAAUGCUUUUCCAACAGUCAAGGAGUUCCCACAUAUGCUGAGCACUUGUUGUCAUAUCAUUGCAGAAUGCUGUGCUAGCCAUGCUGGUUAAGUGUGCCUUGAAUUCUAAUUAAAUCACAGACUGUGUCACCAGCAAAGCACCCCCACACCAUAACACCUCCUCCUCCAUGCUUUACGGUGGGAAAUACACAUGCGGAAAUCAUCCGUUCCCCCACACCGCGUCUCACAAAGCAACUGCGGUUGGAAUCAGAAAUCUCAAAUUUGGAUUCAUCAGACCAAAGGACACAUUUCCGCUGGUCUAAUGUCCAUUGCUCGUGUUUCUUGGCCUAAGCAAGUCUCUUCUUCUUAUUGGUGUCCUUUAGUAGUGGUUUCUUUGCAGCAAUUCAACCAUGAAGGCCUGAUUCACACAGUCUCCUCUGAACAGUUGAUGUUGAGAUGUGUCUGUUACUUGAACUCUGUGAAGCAUUUAUUUGGGCUGCAAUUUCUGAGGCUGGUAACUCUAAUGAACUUAUCCUCUGCAGCAGAGGUAACUCUGGGUUUUCCAUUCCUGUGGCGGUCCUCAUGAGAGCCAGUUUUGUCAUAGCGCUUGAUGGUUUUUGUGACUGCACUUGAAGAAACUUUAAAGUUCUUUACAUUUUCCGUAUUGAAUGACCUUUGUGUCUUAAAGUAAUGAUGGACUGUUGUUUCUCUUUGCUUAUUUGGGCUGUUCUUGCCAUAAUAUGGACUUGGUCUUUUACCAAAUAGGGCUAUCUUCUGUAUACCCCCCCUACCUUGUCACAACACAACUGAUUUGCUCAAACACAUUAAGAAGGAAAGAAAUUCCACAAAUAAGUUUUAAGAAGGCACACCUGUUAAUUGAAAUGCGUUCCAGGUGACUCUCUCAUAAAUCUGGUUGAGAGAAUGCCAAGAGUGUGCAAAGCUGUCAUCAAGGCAAAGGGGGGCUAUUUGAAGAAUCUCAAAUAUAAAAUAUUUGUUAAACACUGUUUUGGUUACUACAUGAUUCCAUAUGUGUUCUUUCAUAGUUUUGAUGUCUUCAUUAUUAUUCUACAAUGUAAAUAAUAAAAAAUUAACUUGAAUGAGUAGGUGUGUCCAGACUUUUGACUGGUAAUGUGUGUCCAUAGUGUCCAUGAGUUUCUUGUGGAUAGACCAUAUGGUUGAAGAGAAAAUAGCCUAAUUAAUGAUUAUUUUUUUUGUAUCAACAAUGGCAUUCAUUUUCAACUAACUCUUCAACUCUUCCAACUAUAGACUUUUUUCACAACUACCACCAGUUUGGUGCCAAAACAUUUACAACAGAGACAUAUUGAUAUAGUAAAAUAUCAUAUUAAACAUAAAUGGUAUUCACUAAAUUGGUUUGUAUUUAGGAUAAUGUUUUACAACUUUGUCAUUCUAUUUUUUGUGUGAAAAAAUAUUUAUUUUACAUGUAAAAAGGCCACACAGAGGGAAAUUGAUAAUUACAGACACCUGUGAUAAUCUGAAGUACCCAAAAAGGCUACUAGAAGUCUUGUGAUAAAUUACAUAAAAUCCUUGAAAGUUACAACAAUUCUGAUAGUUUACUGGUAAACUUCCAGUAAUAUACCGUCCCUUUGCAUCCUAAAUCACAUGAAAUAAAUAAUCAUCUUCAGAAAUGACUAGGGCUUUACAAUGAUGGUGAUAACUUGGAGAAAUGUUGGCGUAAAGUGGGUUAAAAUCUUCCUAGAAGUGGUAAGAACAUGAUGAGGGACAUUUUUGGCACUUUAUCAAGUCUUUAUUAAAAAUCUGAUUUAUUUAAUUUUCCUUGUGGUUCAUAUUAAAGGGCACUUCAUUUAAUAUAACAGGCUUUUAAAAUGUAAUAUUGGUGCACAACUUCUACUUAAAAUAUCAAAGGGACUCAAAAGGCAGUCAGUUCGUGGAAUGACCCACAUAUCAGUAUAGAAGCCAUUGAAACCGUGACCCAAAAACUGAGGACUACGUGAAUCGUUACACCCUAAAAUGGUUUCUUUUUGUUUAAAUGUUGUGCGUUGGUUUUUCGAUCCAGGUGACUCAUUGAAUGUAGUUGAAGUAUUUGACCCAAUUGGAAAUUGCUGGGAACGCUGUCAGCCAAUGAGUACAGCGCGAAGUCGAGUGGGUGUGGCAGUUGUCAAUGGGUUACUUUACGCAAUCGGUGGAUAUGAUGGACAGUCACGGCUAAGCACAGUGGAGGUCUAUAACCCAGAAACGGAUACUUGGACAUGUGUUGCAAGCAUGAACAGUCAACGCAGGUAAGAAUGUAUUUCCUAAUUAUGUACUAAGGGUUGUUUUAUAUUAAUUCAAUCACUUUUGACUGCACUCCUUUUGAUUUAAAGGAAACUUUCCAUAAAUGUUUGUCCAUGGUAGAAGUAGUCAGAAAUUGACUUUUUGGACCUGAAUACCAAAACAUUCAGGAGAUCGAGGUGCUCAAAGUUGACCAAUUUUGCAUACGCUACCAUGAGAAAUUCAAGUCUUUAAUCACUGAAAAAGAUACACGCUUCAGUUUGAUAUUAUUUGAAAACUUACAAACAGGGUUGUCUAACUGGAAAAAAGGUAUACCCAAACGCACUUCAGCCCAGCUUAAACGAAAAGUGGGGGAUCAGACGCUCAACUGUGGGAUUUGAAAAUCCCCAAAACAAUCCUUACCCCAGGAUACUUCAACUGGUGACUAUCCAGGAAAAUAAAGAAAAAGGAGCUCUGUUGCUGGGUAGAUCUGAUAUCUUUAUUGACGGGAGAAACAAACAAUAAGCUUACGUUUCGACAUUAAUCGCCUUGAAUAGGAAAAGUGUGGGAGGCACUCGCAGGGGAGUGUCCCGCUAGUCAUGUCAAUCAAACAUGUCAAUACUGUCAGUAGUAGUAGCAACUACACAGGUUAUUCAAACGAGUAUGAUCAUCAUUCAAGAUUCCUACACAUACAUUCAACUUGAAUAACAAAAGGCCGAGAAAUAAACAAAGAAAAAUGUACUUACAAAAAAGAUGAGAACGAGAGCUGUUCAUUCAGACUGCUUGUUCCACGCAAUCUAAGCAGUCGAUCCAAAGUGCCUCUCUCUUAACCAUUUCCUCAACAUAUUGCCACCUCGGGAGGAAAGAGAAACUUUCUCAAUAUCCCAGAAUUUCAAGGUAGAGGCUGAGCCGUGAUUGGCCUUCAUGUAAUGCUGUACGAUCACGUAGGGUUGUCUAUCUAUUUGAUCUUUUCUCUUUUUUUUAUUCUUUUUUUUUUUAUAAACAUGACAAAAAAUGUACCUUUUAACAUCCACUGAACAAAAAUAUAAAUGCAACAUGUAAAGUGUUUAUGCCAUGUUUCAAGAGCUGAAAUAAAAGAUCCCCAAAAUGUUCCAUACGCACAAAAAGCUUAUUUAUCUCAGACAGCUGGCAUGCUGACUGCAGGGAUGUCCACCAGAGCUGUUGCCAGAGAAUUGAUUGUUCAUUUCUCUAUCAUAAGCCACCUCCAACGUCAUUUUAGAGAAUUUGGCAUUACGUCCAACCGGCCUCACAACCGCAGACCACAUGUAACCAUGCCAGCCCAGGACCUCCACGUCCGGGUUUAUUCACCUGCGGGAUCGUCUGAGACCAGCCACCUGGACAGCUGAUGAAACUGAGGAGUAUUUCAGUCUGUAAUAAAGCCAUUUUGUGGGGGGGGGCAACUCCUUCUGAUUGGCUGGGCCAGUCUCCCAAGUGGAUGUGCCUAUACCCUCCCAGGCCCAUCCAUGGCUGCGCCCCUGCCAAGUCAAGUAAAAUCCAUAGAUUAGGGCCUAAUUCAUUCAUUUCAAUUGACUGAUUUCCUUAUAUGAACUGUAACUCAGUAAAAUGGUUUGAAAUUGUUGCAUGUUGGGUUUAUAUAUUUGUUCAGUAUAAAAAAAUAUAAAUAAAUAUCAAGAUAUUAUAAAACAGUUUUGAAACCCUGUUUUGAAGCUUUCAAAUAACUGAACUGUUAAUCUUUUUCAGUGAUGCUGUCAUGGAUGUCUCAUGGUAUGGUGGGGUAUGCAAAAUGGGUCACCUUCGAGCACCUCUAUCUCGUGAAUGUUUUGGCAUUCAGGUCCAAGAUGUUACUUUCUGACCUAAUCUACCACCGGUAACCAUGUAUGGAAGGUUUCAUUCAAAGCAAAAUGGGUGUGGUCAAGAAGUGAUUGAAUUCAUAUAGAACGACCAAUUAUUAAGUAGAUACAGUAUACUGAUUACUUGUAGAUGUACUGAUAACCUGUAGAUUUUGAUAAGUUGUGGAGUAGGCUCCAAAUGUACCCCAUUUUAUUUACCUAGUAGCUGAUCGAGACAUUCUAAAAUGCUUAAAGGAGGAUUGUCCCCAUUUUUAACUUUGCACUAAAGUGUGGUGGUCCUCUCAAAAUGUUAAAACUGUGCAGGGUUCAAAAACUUUUUCUCAGCACUCUAUACAGUAAUAAGGGAUACAGAUGAAAAGGAUUAUCUCUUUGGCUGUUUCCUCUCUGUGAGGAAUUUUGUAAGUUGUUUAAGACAUAUUUUCAGAAUGAAUGGCUGGGGCCCUAUGGUAAUGCUGACAAAAUACAAUAUCACUAUCAAAUACUGAAGGAAGCAAAAUGUGUAUCCAAAAAACGUAGGAGAUUGACAACAGCCAUGGUAAGUAGAAAAAAAAAUGCAGUUAAGUUGUAUUUUGAGUGGAACAUCCCUUUAAUGGCCAUGGUAAUAGGAAGAGAGCAAAAUAUUUAUAAAUGUAGCCAAUUAGGGGUGGCCAAUCCUCUUCAUGUUCCAGCCCUGUUCUAAAACACCUGAUUCAGCUAAUCAGGGCCCUGAUAAGAACCUGUAGUAGAAUCAGGCGUUAGGGCAGGGCUGGAGCAGCUACACUACUGCAAACCCAGCAGCUCUUCCGGCAGAGGGUUUGCCACCCCUGUUGUACAAAUACAUUAAUAUUGGAACGCUUUAAAGGAGAGUUCAGUGAUUUUGCAUAUUUAGAUAGUUGUUUCUGCUUUGAAAGCAGUCAAUGGACUAGUUUAACAAAACACUUCAGUCGUGUUCCAGGCAAACUAUAUUGGAGUCAUUUCAUUAAUCAAUGGUUUUGUGCUACGUCGUCAACUGCACACUCUGAGGCAUAAGAUUGCUGUAUCAUAUGACGUUAGCUGAUGUGAUAAACACUGUCCAGGCGUUGUGAGAUCUGGCAUGUGUUUGCAAUGUAGUCAGCCUGGAACGCAGCCUUUGGUUUUGUGAAACAAGCCACUGCUCACAAAUGCUUAUACUUGCAUUUUGGGACAAAUUCCUCAUCUAAGUCAAUCUAUUAAAUUAAUAGGUUUACAACUAUUUGGAGAGGAAUCAGGCAUGCAAUUUAAAACAUACUAAAUAGGAGUAAUCGACAGGGAUUGUGGUCCCAGAAUGCUUUUUUAUUAGCAUAUGUUGGCAUUGGCUAGUUUUUCAAAACCAGAUUGCAGUCACUCUUUGUCCAUAGACUGCAUUCAAACAUGUAAAUGAAUUAUCCCCAAAAUCCAAAAAUGAAAACUUGUCACAGGUGUCGAACAGCUACUAUUGUGAAAGUUAUACACACCCUAUUUUAGUAAUGGACCAUACAACUCGACUUGGUGUGCUUGAACGGCAUCUCAUACAGGAAUCAAAUAAGCCCUGAGGAAAGUAUAGACAUACAGUAGCAGUCAAGAGUUUGGACACACCUACUAAUUCCAGGGUUUUUCUUUAUUUUUACUAUUUUCUACAUUGUAGAAUAAUAGUGAAGACAUCAAAACUAUGAAAUAACACAUAUGGAAUCAUGUAGUAACCAAAAAAGUGUUAAACAAAUCAAAAUAUAUUUUAUAUUUGAGAUUCUUCAAAGUACCCACCCUUUGCCUUGAUGGCAGCUUUGAACAUUCAUGGCAUUCUCUCAACCAGCUUUUUGAGGUAGUCACCUGGAAUGCAUUUCAAUUAACAGGUGUGCCUUGUUAAAAGUUAAUUUGUGGAAUUUCAUUAUUUCUUAAUGCGUUUGAGCCAAUCAGUUGUGUUGUGACAAGGUAGGGUUGGUAUACAGAAUAUAGUCCUAUUUGGUGAAAGACCAAGUCCAUAUAAUGGCAAGAACAGCUCAAAUAAGCAAAGAGAAACGACUGUCCAUCAUUACUUUAAGACAUGAAGGUCAGUCAAUCCGGAAAAUUUCAAGAACUUUGAACGUUUCUUCAAGUGCAGUCGCAAAAACCAUCAAGCGCUAUGAUGAAACUGGCUCUCAUGAGGACCGCCACAGGAAUGGAAGACCCAGAGUUACCUCUGCUGCAGAGGAUAAGUUAAUUAGAGUUACCAGGCUCAGAAAUUGCAGUCCAAAUAAAUGCUUCACAGAGUUCAAGUAACAGACACAUCUCAACAUUAACUGUUCAGAGGAGACUGUGUGAAUCAGGCCUUCAUGGUUGAAUUGCUGCAAAGAAACCACUACUAAAGGAGACCAAUAAGAAGAAGAGACUUGCUUGGGCCAGGAAACACGAGCAAUGGACAUUAGACCGGUGGAAAUGUGUCCUUUGGUCUGAUGAGUCCAAAUUUGAGAUUUUUGGUUCCAACCGCUGUGUCUUUGUGAGACGCAUAGUAGGUGAACGGAUGAUCUCUGCAUGUGUGGUUCCCACUGUGAAGCAUGAGGAGGAGGUGUGAUGGCGUGGGGGUGCUUUGCUGGUGACACUGUCUGUGAUUUAUUUAGAAUUCAAGGCACACUUAACCAGCAUGGCUACCACAGCAUUCUGCAGCGAUACGCCAUCCCAUCUGGUUUGGGCUUAGUGGGACUAUCAUUUGUUUUUCAACAGGACAUUGACCCAACACACCUCCAGGCUGUGUAAGGGCUAUUUGACCAAGAAGGAGAGUGAUGGAGUGCUGCAUCAGAUGACCUGGGCUCCACAAUCACCUGACUUCAACCCAAUUGAGACGGUUUGGGAUAAGUUUGACCGCAGAGUGAAGGAAAAGCAGCCAACAAGUGCUCAGCAUAUGUGGGUACUCCUUCAAGACUGUUGGAAAAGCAUUCCAGGUGAUGCUGGUUGAGAGAAUGCCAAGUGUGCAAAGUUGUCAUCAAGGCAAAGGGUGGCUUCUUUGAAGAAUGUUACUACAUGAUUCCAUAUGUGUUAUAUCAUAGUUUUGAUAUCUUCACUAUUAUUCUACGAUGUAGAAAAUAGUAAAAACAAAGAAAAACCCUUGAAUGAGUAGGUGUGUCCAAACUUUAGACUGGUACUGUAUAUUCUAUGAUUUUUAUACACCAUUGCCGAAAACCCUAGUUAAAUGGACAGGAUCCAGUUGUAUUUAUCCUCUUUCCCCUUUCCCCAUCUCUCCGAAUGCAGUGCAAUGGGAACAGUGGUGGUGGACGGCCAUAUAUAUGUGUGCGGGGGCUAUGAUGGCAAAUCCUCUCUCAACUCAGUAGAGUGCUACUCUCCAGAAGCCAACAGGUUCUGUACAUUUCCUAUGUGAUUACUUUACUUUGACUCCCUGAAUUCCAAGUCAACCUAGACCAGAGGGUAUACUACGUACCUGGUUUGAGGAGUUAGUGACGUAACUUUGGUCAACUUGGGAUAACCGGUACCAUGAAAGUGGCUCACCUUUUAGCCAGGGACAUUUCUAUGGCAACAAAUGCUUCAGAACUAACCUACUCCGGGGCUCCAUUUAUCCUGAAUGAUUUCUGAGCCGCGAGUUGAUGACCAAUUAAAUCAGAUUCCCUCCCUCUCGCAAACAUUGCGUCAUUAUCCCCUUCAUUUGAGGAAGACGCUCGUUUAAAUAUUUUAUUAAUGAAAUAUUUUCUGUGUUAAUAAAUUGUAAUUCAAAUACCUAUCACAUCACAUAUUAAGUAAUGACAGUAUGCAUUUGAAAGUUCACACGCAGUAAUACUUUUGUAUGACGUUCUAAAAUGAUGUGAUCUAUAGGAGUGGGGAAAAAGGUGCUGUGUGCAUUGAUAAGUACAUUUUAAUAGGCCUCCAUUUGAGUGUCACUGACCCUUACUCCCUUUGUACUUCUGGAGAUCUGUGAGGAUUGGAUAGGUGUCUGCAAUACUGCAACAAUUCCCUGUUGAAGGACAAGAUGGAGCUACUACCACAUUUGACCCAAGGCUUUGACCCUUGAUUGACAAUGGUGAUGUAAUCUUACACUGAGUGUACAAAACAUUAGGAAUACUUAAUAUUAGGAACACCUAAUAUUGAGUUGCACCCCCUUUUGCCCUCAGAACAGCCUCAAUUCUUUGGGGCAUGGACUCUAGAAGGUGUUGAAAGCGCUCCACAGGGAGGCUGGACCAUGUUGACUCCAAUGUUUCCCACAGUUGUGUCAACUUGGCUGGAUGUCCUUUCAGUGGUGGACCAUUAUUGAUACACAUGGGAAACUGUUGAGCGUGAAAAACCCAGCAGCGUUGCAGGUCUUGACACAAACCGGUGCGCCUGGCACCUACUACCAUACCCCGUUCAAAGGCACUUCAAUAAUUUGUCUUGCCCAUUCACUCUGAAUGGCACACAUACACAAUCCAUGUCUAAAUUGUAUCAAGGCUUAAAAAUCUUUCUUUAACCUGUCUCCUCCCCUUCAUCUACACUGAUUGAAGUGGAUUUAACAGGUGCCAUCCAUAAGGGAUCAUAGCUUUCACCUGGAUUCACCUGGUCAGUCUGUCAUGGAAAGAGCAGGUGGUCUUAAUGUUUUCUACACUCCGUGUAAAUGCAUGCUCCAACCUCCACAUUCAUAUUUUGCGGAAGUCGGCCCAAUACUGCUGUUUACUUAAUGCAUUGCCGAGUCUACCUUUAAUUCUGAGCUUGGUUUUGGUGGAAUGUAAACGUUUAUAUUUUUUUAUAUUUUUAUUGCUAAUGUCGUAUUUUGUAACAUGAAUUUUGUGUGUUUCUGCUGUGUUUUACUUGCUUACACUUAUCCAAUCCUAUCCUAUCCAAAACCAUUACUUUAGAUCAUAUAACAUCAAUCAAGUAUGUAAAACUAUUUUCCGUAUGUAUCCAGGAAAUAGAAUUGCUUAAUUUCAAUUGUUGUCUUUAAUAAUUACACAGUUGUUGCAAAUCAAAAUGUUGUUACAGUAUGACUUUUUAUAUUAAGUGAAAAAGUAUAGCCCAUCUGUAUCAACAUUAAAGUGCAGCUGCUUUUCCUUAUACACUUGUGCAGGUGGACAGUAAUGACAGAGAUGAGUGCAAGUCGCAGUGCAGCUGGGGUCACUGUUUUUGAUGGAAGGAUUUUUGUAUCUGGUGGUCAUGACGGUUUACAGAUCUUCAAU